GAAUUUGAACGUAGCCGAGCCUUCUUGUUUCUGACUGAGAUAAAAAAUCGAUUUCAAUCUGCUUAUGCUUCUAGUGCAAACACAGCUGUGGCAUAUGCAAUGAACCCUGAAUUUUCGAGGAUAUUGGCCAGCGAAAUGAAACGUUAUUCUGAAUCCCAUGAUAUUGACACUGUUAGCAAGGUUCAUAACGAAUUAAAUGAGCUGAAGGAUAUAAUGGUUAAGAAUAUAGAUAAUGUAGCUUUGAGAGGUGAAAGGUUGGAACUUCUAGUGAAUAAAGCAGAAAAUUUGAAUAAUGGGGUAAGUUUGUGUUUUCAUUGAUGUACUGAAAGAUCAAA